AUGCUAAAACUAAACUGUGUCAAAAUUGAGAUAACGGGAGACGAGCUGGAGGUUGAUUCUGCGGUUCUACUUUCCAACCAUAGAUCAAUCGCCGACUAUAUUGUGAUAUCUGCCUUGGCCCAGAGUCUAGAAGAUAAAGGAAGGCCAGAAAUAGACCUGGUAUCAGUCAAAUUUUUUUCGUGGUUCAGCUUGUGGGGACUUCCCAAUUUGAACGUUUUCAAUAACAUUCUGAGCUGUGAUGAGAAUUGGGAAUUGGAUACUAGUACAACAUACAAUACUUUCAAUCCCUCUGUCGUAUCGACCAAACCUGAAUGGAUCUCUGUUUUUCCAGAAGUGAAUAUCUGGUCUGCUGAAAAUAACGAACUGCUGAACGAAUUGAACGAAAAAUACUACCUCCCAAAACUGCAAAACGUUCUGUAUCCGAGGUUCUCGUCCACGUUCAAUGUGAUCAAUGGCCUUUACAAGUCCUCUUUUAGUAAAUUGUAUGAUAUCACAAUAUUGUACUAUAAAAAGAAGGCAGCAGACCCACAAAAAAUUGUCAAAAUGUCCCAAACUGAAACUGCGAUACAACUGGAAAGUUCAGGGGAACCAGAUGAAAUGGUUAGAACUACCUUGUUUGAUAGCCCAAGUCUGUUGCAAGUCUUAGGUGAGUACCCCUCUAGCUUUGUUGUCAGAGUCCAUGUCAAAUUGAAGGCCCUACCAAGAAUCCCACUGAAAAGGAAAAAACUAGAAAAGUGGCUUGAAAAAGAAUGGGUAGAAAAGGAUAAACUAUUGGAACAGUUGCAAACUACCAUUUUAACCAAUCAUCUAAAGGAAAAAUAA